AUGAUAUUCCUCGAUUAUGCUUUGAUUAUUGUAACCUUGAUUCUAUGUCCGAAAGUUUCGGCCAGCUAUCCAUUGUAUGACUGCAACGGAGUAAAAUUUACUCAGGACUACGUACUAGAAACUGUGAAGCUAGCAGUCAGAAAAUUCGUUCCACAGGCAAGAGAACAUCCCCUUGCGGAUAAUAACGCGAAAUAUAUAUACUAUCCACUCCUUACAAGUGGAGAACUCUAUUUUAAAGGACUGAAACCUGAAAUUUAUUAUGUCCGGAUAGAGAGAGCAAAAAGGGCCUUCCAAGUAGUCAUGAUAAAAAAUCUAGAUCAUCCUCCGGACUGCAGUGUAAAUGCAAACCCGCCAUUGUGUGAUUUCAUCGAAAGUGAUAGCCCGGAGGGAUGGGGUAGCAGGAUCCCUGGCCUGAGACAACUAAAGAAAACCUUCACGGGCACCUCAUAG